AUGAAGGUGGAGCCUGCAGAAGAAGAACGCCAUGUGAAAGCCAACGCUCGGGACUACAAUGACAAGUUCUCUUAUGCUGACAAUUACAUCAAAACCUCAAAGUACAACAUCUUCACCUUCCUGCCCAUCAAUUUGUUCGAGCAGCUCCAGAGGGUUGCCAAUGCUUACUUCAUAGUGCUGCUGAUACUGCAGUUAAUUCCAGCAAUCUCCUCUCUGUCCUGGUUCACAACCAUUGUGCCUUUGGUGUUUGUGCUGGUCAUCACGGCUGUCAAGGAUGCCACCGAUGACUAUUUCCGUCAUAAGAGCGACCAGCAGGUCAACAAUCGGCAGUCUCAGGUUCUUAUCAGAGGACAUUUGCAGGAUGAGAAAUGGAUGAACAUCCGUGUGGGGGAUAUCAUCAAACUGGAGAAUAAUCAGCUUGUUGCUGCAGAUAUCCUUCUUCUCUCCAGUAGUGAGCCCUAUGGUCUGUGCUAUAUUGAGACUGCAGAGCUUGAUGGAGAGACAAAUCUGAAGGUUCGUCAGGCUCUGACAGUGACCUCAGAUCUGGGAGAUAUUUCAAAACUGACUGAUUUCGAUGGAGAAGUGAUUUGUGAGCCACCAAACAACAAGCUGGAUAAAUUUACAGGAACUCUGUUCUGGAGAGACAACAAAUACUCUCUGGAUAAUGAAAAAAUGCUGCUGCGAGGUUGUGUGCUGAGAAACACCGAGUGGUGCUUUGGAAUGGUCAUCUUUGCCGGGCUGCAAACCAAACUGAUGCAGAACUGUGGAAGGACGAAAUUUAAAAGAACCAGUAUAGACAAACUCAUGAACACUUUGGUUUUGUGGAUCUUUGCCUUUCUUAUUUGCAUGGGGAUUGUUUUGUCUGUUGGAAACAUCAUCUGGGAGAGUUGGAUUGGCGGAAACUUCCAGGUGUAUUUGCCUUGGGACAAGAUUCAGAGCAAUGCUGUGUUCUCAGGUUUCCUCACCUUCUGGUCCUACAUCAUCAUCCUUAACACUGUUGUGCCCAUCUCCCUUUAUGUUAGUGUUGAGGUGCUCCGGCUCGGCCACAGUUACUUCAUUAACUGGGACAGGAGGAUGUACUACAGUCAGAAGGAUGUUGCUGCCGAGGCUCGCACCACCACCCUGAACGAGGAGCUGGGCCAGGUGGAGUUCAUCUUCUCGGACAAAACAGGCACCCUCACCCAGAACAUCAUGGUCUUCAACAAGUGCUCCAUUAAUGGCAAGACUUAUGGUGAUGUUUAUGAUGAAUUUGAGCAGAAAGUGGAAAUUACUGAGAGAACAGCCUGCGUGGAUUUUUCCUUCAACCUGCUGCAUGACAGAAGGUUCAAGUUUUACGACAGCAGCCUGGUGGACGCCGUUAAACUGGAGGAUCCCUCGGUGCAGGAGUUCUUCAGACUGCUGGCCUUGUGCCACACAGUCAUGCCAGAGGAGAAGAGUGAAGGAAACCUGCUUUAUCAGGCCCAGUCACCUGAUGAAGGCGCCCUGGUCACUGCAGCGCGUAACUUUGGGUUUGUCUUCCGGGCCCGAACCCCAGAGACAAUCACGGUGUAUGAGAUGGGACGAGCAGUCACCUACCAGCUCCUGGCCAUACUGGACUUCAACAACGUGCGCAAGAGAAUGAGUGUCAUUGUUAGAGAUCCACAGGGCCAGACUAAAUUGUACUCCAAAGGAGCUGACACCAUCAUCUUUGACCGCCUGGACCCAUCCAGUGAAGACCUCAUGUGUACUACCUCAGAGCAUCUCAGUGAAUUUGCCGGAGAAGGGCUUCGAACAUUAGCUCUGGCCUACAAAGAUCUUGAUGCUGAUUAUUUUGACAUAUGGAUGAAGAAGUUUCUGUUCGCCAGCACUGUAACUGAGAACCGCGAGAGCGAGCUGGACAUUCUCUAUGAGGAGAUAGAGCAGGGCUUGAAGCUUCUUGGUGCCACAGCAAUAGAGGACAAACUCCAGGAAGGCGUCCCUGAGACUAUCGCCUCUUUAAGUCUAGCUGACAUCAAGAUCUGGGUCCUCACAGGGGACAAACUAGAGACAGCAAUGAACAUUGGCUACUCCUGCAACAUGCUGCGAGAUGACAUGAAUGAGGUGUUCAUAAUUUCUGCCAACACACUGUCGGAGGUGCAGCAGCAGCUCAGAAGCGCAAAGGAGCACAUACUGGGCCUGAGUCGUGUCAGCAGUGCAGAGAAGACAGAUACAUUUGCAGAUGACUUUGUGUUUGAAGAAGCCAUUAUUGCAGAGUACGCCUUGGUCAUCAAUGGACACAGUCUGGCUCACGCUCUGGAGCCACAGCUGGAGCACAUGCUGCUGGAUUUGGCUUGCUUGUGCAAAACAGUCAUCUGCUGCCGUGUCACCCCUAUGCAGAAGGCCCAGGUGGUGGAGCUGGUGAAGAGGCACAAGAGAGCCAUCACCCUGGCUAUAGGAGAUGGAGCCAAUGACGUCAGCAUGAUCAAGAGUGCACACAUCGGUGUUGGCAUCAGCGGUCAGGAGGGGAUGCAGGCUGUAUUGGCAUCAGACUACUCCUUUGCUCAGUUUCGUUACCUGCAGCGGCUCCUGCUGGUGCACGGACGCUGGUCGUACUUCCGCAUGUGCAACUUCUUGUGCUAUUUCUUCUACAAGAACUUUGCCUUCACCUUGGUUCACUUUUGGUUUGGUUUCUUCUGCGGUUUCUCAGCUCAGACUGUUUAUGACCAGUGGUUCAUUACCCUCUUCAACAUAGUCUAUACAUCCUUACCAGUCCUGGCAAUGGGUCUUUUUGAUCAGGAUGUCAGUGACCAGAACAGUUUGCGCUACCCCAGCCUCUACAAACUCGGCCAGCAGAACCUUCUCUUCAACAAGCGUCAGUUUUUCCUGUGUGCACUGCAAGGUGUGGGCACCUCGUUUCUGCUCUACUUUAUUCCCUACGGAGCCUUCUCCGUCAUUGUGAAAGAAGACGGUUCCCACCUUUCUGACCAGCAAGCUUUUGCCGUCACCAUAGCAACAUCCUUGGUCAUUGUUGUAAGCGUUCAGAUUGGACUUGACACACAUUACUGGACAGUUGUUAAUCACUUCUUCAUAUGGGGGAGCCUGGCGGUGUACUUUGCCAUAUUAUUUGCAAUGCAAAGUGACGGAAUAUUUGGCAUCUUUCCAAGUAAUUUCCCUUUCAUUGGCACAGCCCGUAACUGUCUAGCAGAGAAGAGUGUGUGGCUGGUCAUUCUGCUCACCACAGUGGUGUGUGUAAUGCCAGGCCUGGCAGUCUGCUUCCUCAGAGCAGAACUCUUCCCAACUCUAACAGACAAGGUUCGCUAUCUACAACAGGCCAGAAAGAGAGAAGGACCUCAGGAGCAGAAUCUGAGGCGAGUGAGAAGGACCAGCUCCCGCCGCUCUGCCUACGCCUUCUCCCACCAGCAGGGCUAUGGAGAGCUCAUCACCUCAGGCAAAAACAUGAGGAUCACCACGGUCACCUCUGCUCCCUCCCCUGAGGGGGUCACACAGAGGUCCUCCUGGAUAGACAAUAUGUUGAAGAGGAAGAGCGAAGUGGCCUGCAUCUCUGAUGACAGCACGGGAGCUUCAGAAAGUAGCAGCAAAACGAUACAGACUCCAGAGUAAAAGCACACAAACUGAGACGAACUACACUGGGUAUUACACCCAUGGAUCCCAAAGACCU